AUGGAUCGGACGGACAGAUUCAACAAGAGCAAUCCAAGGAUUCUCACAACAAAUUCGUCUCGCGGUUCUCCUUUUUCCAGUCGACCUGGUUCCCCCCACCGCGCUGAGAGCGUGCUCAGCUUCUUCAGAGAGGCUGUGAACACGGUCAUUGAGCAACAGAAGCAUGAGGGCGACUCCGAGGCUCAUCAGAUUUAUCGCAGCUAUAUUGGUCAUUCUGUAAAAGGACAGCCCAGUACAGUCAAUCCGGAUGAAGAGGACAUGAUGCCCGGCAUCGUCCAUCCAGGGAGUACAGGCGUCAUCUACUGCACUGAUAGAGCAAUCGCAAACGGAUUCUCAUAUGCCGACUCGCACUCGUGGAGCAACAUGGGCCAGGGUGCACCCGAGGUCGGCCCCAUUCCAGACGCUCCUCCUCGCCCGACCUCUAUUACUAUGCACGUAGACGAGCUCGAGUAUGCGCCCACCACAGGCGUCAAAGCCCUCCGAGAGGCCGUCGCCAACAUGUACAACAACACUUACCGCAAUGGGAUGAAAUCCCAAUACACAUACGAAAACGUGUGUAUAGUCCCAGGAGGUCGUGCCGGCCUCUCUCGUGUGGCAGCUGUUGUCGGCGAUGUCUAUCUCGGCUUCCAGGUCCCUGAUUAUACCGCCUAUGCACAAUCCUUGGAAGUCUUUCGACGCCUGGUUCCGAUUCCGACCGCUCUCGAGGCGGAGAAGCAUUACAAGCUGGACAUCAAGCAAGUCAAGCGAGACAUUGAAAACCAGGGUCUUUCCGUUCUACUUGCAUCUAAUCCUCGCAAUCCAACUGGUCAAAUGAUCAAGGGUGAUGAACUCAAGGAGCUCGUCGAGCUCUCGAAGCAGAAGACGACUAUUAUUCUUGACGAGUUUUACUCUUGGUACAUCUAUCACGAGAAUAAUGAGGACAUUGGAACCUCGAUAUCCGGAGCUUCAUAUAUCGAUGAUGUCAACGAGGACCCUGUAGUACUGAUCGACGGCUUGACCAAGAACUGGCGACUUCCAGGCUGGAGAGUGUGCUGGGUGGUCGGCCCCAAGAACCUGAUCUCUGCACUAUCGCAAUCAGGCUCCUUCCUUGAUGGCGGAGCUAAUCACCCUCUCCAAGUCGCCGCUAUUCCCCUCCUACAACCAGAUCAUAUCAAGCAAGAAAAGGUUGCUUUGCAAAUGCACUUUAAACGGAAGCGUGACCAUGUCCUCUCGCGCUUGGAGCGCAUGGGUCUCAAGGUUAUUGUCGUCCCACAAGCCACCUUUUACGUAUGGCUUGACCUAUCUGCCCUACCGGAACCAUUAAACAAUGGGUUGACAUUUUUUGAAGAGCUGCUGAGGGAGAAAACUAUUGUCGUUCCAGGCAUUUUCUUUGAGAUCAACCCGUCUCAUCGGCGCGAUUUGUUCAGGUCACCGUGCCAUCACUUUGUCCGCCUGAGCUUUGGCCCGCCGCUCAAGGAUCUUGACAUGGGUUUGGAUGCGAUGGAGAAGCUGCUGAGGCGAGUCAAGAAGGAAGGCACCAAGCGGAUGGGCCACAACUAUAACAAAAGUGUCGACUUGGAUAAAGCAAAUAUCCCGACUGUAGCCUGA